CGCAAUACACUCAACACUUAAAGGUUGACUCCAUAAGGGAGAUCCAGUCCUUCUCUCUGAGGAAUCUGGAGACACUGGACAGAGACCCUUCCCAACCUGCGUGGACCUCUUUGAGAAUUACUCCUUUUAGAAGAGCAAGUAAGGAUUUGUGCACACCUUCUCCCUGUCGAGAUAAUCUUCACAGAACAAAGAACAACGAUGGGCAAUGAAAUUACAAGGUAUUCUCUAUGGAGACGAUUUGAAGAAUUCAGGAGUGAUUUGAGUCAAGGCAGCGUUCACAAAAUGGCGUUGGACUACCAAAAACAUUUAAAUGAAAUGCAAAAUCUGCCCCUUAAUAUUGCAGUGAUUGGGCAGGCAGGUGCUGGUAAAUCGUCCUUUGUCAAUGCCAUCCGGGGUGUAAUGGAUGAUGAUGAGGAUGCAGCCGCAGUUGGGACAGUAGAACAAACCAUGGUGCCAAAGGCCUAUCCUCAUCCUUUUCUUCCCAAUAUCCAAAUAUGGGACCUCCCAGGGAUCGGAACCCCUCGGUUUGAAGCAGCGGAAUAUCUGCAGAAAGUCCAAUUUGAAAGUUAUGAUGUCUAUAUUUUGGUUACCUCUGAACGCUUUACUAAAAACGAUGCUUUGCUGGCCAAAGAAAUACACAGAAUGAGGAAGAAGUUUUAUUAUGUGCGUAGCAAAAUUGAUAUGAGCCUCGAGGGUGAAAGGAGGAAAAAGAAUUUCAACAUGGAGAGAACCCUGGCAUUUAUAAGCAAAUGUUGUGAAGAUUGUUUGAGAAGGGCUGGUGGUCUCUCUGCGAGAGUAUUUCUGAUUUCCAACUGGGAGGAAGACCAGUAUGAUUUCCCUCUCCUGAGGGAGACAAUGGCUGCUGAACUUCCUUACUACAAGAAGCAUAUUUCAACCAAGGCUGCAGAGCUGUUCUCAGAAAAUGAACUGAGGGUGAAAAAAGCUGAAAUACUAUCACAUAUAAAGAAGGUGGCGUUGGUGUCAUGUGCUUGUGGAGCGGUGCCUGUUCCAGGUCUCUCUAUGCUUUGUGAUAUUCCAAUAUUGCUGGAUGCUCUGACAUGUAUCUGCAACGCAUUUGGUCUAGAUGACCAUUCGCUCCGUAUUUUGGCCCUUCACACUGGAAAAGAAUUUGAAAAGCUGAGGUCGGCUAUCAAGAAAACUCCAUUAGCCAACACCAUCAACAUAGGAUUGCUAUUUUCUCUAUUGAUGCAGUCGUCUCUCUGGGUGAAUGUGUCAGUUGUGGAAGUGGCUUUUACUUUUAUACCUGUUUUUGGGUCUGUGUUUGGUGGAGCGAGUUCAUUUGCUGUCACGUAUCAUUUUCUGAACACCUUUCUUGAGGAUGUUUUGGAAGAUGCCCGAAAUCUUCGAGCAAUGCUUGUUGACUGAUCAGAGUCCCAGGAAAAGGUCCCAGGAAACAUCCCCCCACAACUCUCUUUGAAGGAGACAGUCAAGCAUUUCCUUCAAAUGAAAACAGGGGGAGGAAAAUAAUAAGAUGUUUCCAAACCAUAGUAGAGCUACCUAUUUGCUUGCUCGUUUUAAUAAUUCUUUAAGUAUGUGCUUGACCAUAAGGGCAAAUAUGUAUCUCUUUCUGCAGAUGUUUCUAUGGGAAAUAGGAAAUUAAAUAAUUAUAUUUAUAUAUCUUAUUUUUGGAGUGUGUGCCUUUCUUGUUUUCUCUCUUUUACUUUUUUCUGCUCGAUUUGUAACAACAAUAAAUAAUAAAAUAGUAGAAAUUAUAUUAUGGAGCUACAAAUUUUAAUUUUUUCUGUUCUAUUUUUAACAAUUAUAAAUGAGAAAAUAGUGGAGAUUUUGCUAUGAAGCCACAAAAUUCAUGAUACUUUUUGAAACUAUGAUGAAAACUACUCAAUGUUCUUUAACUUGCCCUGUCUAAUUAAUUUUACUCUGAGCAUUAACUGUAUAACUUCAGUGAUUAUCUGCCUGUCCCAUAUUUUUUUGUUGGAAAUGUACAUUCUCUUUAAAUAAACCAAAUUUUGAAGAAAGCUUCCGAUGCAGGAUUUGGCUGAUCAAACUAUAGGAUCAAGCACCUCAAAACAACGCUAUACAGCAUUGCACACCAGAACAACUAGACACAAGAACAGUUUUUUCCCGAAGGCCAUCACUCUGCUAAACAAAUAAUUCCCUCAGCACUGUCAAACUAUUGACUAAAUCUGCACUACUAUUAAUCUUCUCAUCGUUCCCAUCACCCAUCUUCUUCCACUUAUGACUGUAUGACUGUAACUUUUUGUUGCUAUCAUUAAGGGUUAAAUUGUAACCUAUGACCAUCAUUUGUGUUGUAAAUGUUGUACCUUUGAUGAAGGUAUUUUUUUCCCUUUUUCUUUUAUGUACACUGAGAGCAUAUACACCAAAACAAAUUCCUUGUGUGUCCAAUCACACUUGGCCAA